AUGUGUCGCCCGCACUACCCCUCGUGUCCAGCAGGGGGAAUCGACGGCUCGCUCUGGUGCUGCUCUGUGUUGUUCCCACGUGCAGGUUGUGGAAACGCUGCAGCCCGCUGGUCUGUGUCUGGAUCGCUUCAGGACCCUCCUACCUCCUCACUGCCGGGCCGCGGGAGGGGGAUAAGGAAGGAGGAGACAGUCUUGCGCGAGAGAAGCCGGCUGAGUGACACAUCGUGGUGCAGCAGAAGAGCAGCUCAAGAAGAAGGAAAAAGAGGGGGAUAUUCGCACACAGACUACCCAAUCUUGUCUUGGCAUAGCUCUCGCUCCGGUGUCACCAUUCCCUGCCUCAGUGCUAAGGAUUCCAGCUACAUGGGCAAGCGUUUGGAACAGCAGCCAAUGUACCCUCAGUACACCUACUACUAUCCCCAUUAUCUCCAGACCAAGGUACGACGCUACGCUCUAUUAAUGCAGGCACUCCACACCACUCUGCCCCCUCCCGCUGUCCUCUCAUCCCUGAGUGGACAUGGGGUUUGA